AUGUCAACCCCGUUGAUCUGCCGAGUUUGCGGUGAUCGAAGCUCAGGAAAACAUUACGGGUCUGUCUGUUGUGAUGGAUGUUCCUGCUUCUUCAAGCGCAGUAUUCGAAAAAGGGCGCUUUAUUCGUGCAUUUCUGGCCAGGGUGGAUGCUCAGUGGAUAAAGCCCGCCGGAACUGGUGUCCGUUCUGCAGGCUUCAAAAAUGCUUCGUAGUAGGAAUGAAUGCGACGGCAGUGCAAGAUGAACGUGGACCGCGAAAGAACCGAAAACUACAAGCGAGGAUGUUGCUGAAAAAACCGGCGGCAUGGAACCUAACUACGGGGCUUAGAGCUGCAGAUUCAAAUCUCCCUUCGCAAAUCCUUGCCCAGGUGCUAAUGGCCUGCAUUCGCCAGGCUCGGGUGAACGAAAGCUUCGCUCGGUUUAGCCGUGAGCAGCAGAACCAAAUCCUUCGUCACGUCUGGUUCGAGUGCUUCAUUCUGCGGGUCGCCAACUGGUCCAUCGACAUUUCCUCCAUCGUGGAAAGGUGCGCCGAUGAAUCACUUCGAGAGAUCGUCCAACGAACGAAAGCUCUACAGGUGGAUUUAAUCGAAAUUUCGCUACUCGAGACGAUGAUACUCUGUCGGAAAGAGUUUGCACUGGGUGCGAAGGAAACUCAACAACUGGAGAGCACAUCCGAAACGGCACUGAUCGCCCUGGGCCAUUACAGCAUGCAACAGAUGAAUGUUGCGGUUCCGCCCGUGCCGCCUACCCUGCUGUUUGGUUUCCCAGGUCUCUAUCCCUCAGGCCACCGAGAACCACUUACAUCGGCACCGUCCAGUAACGGCAGCAACAACAACAACAACAACGGCAAAAAUAAUAAUAACAGCAACGGUUCUGGUAAUGGGGAUGCCGUCGGUGCGUUUGUGUCAUCGUUUCUGCCCUUUUCCUGUUACCGGUUCGGGAAACUACUGCUGAGUUUACGGGGCUUAUCGAUGCAGUGCUACGGAGCAUCGGUACGUGCCAUGUUCCGGGAGAUGGCCGGGGAUGGUCUAAUGGAGAACUUUGUAACCAAAUUAUAGAGUACGAAAGGUUAAUGGAUAUGACGGUGGAGUAAACUCCUUCCGGGCGGUCAGGAACGCAAUAAACGGACUGUCAACCGUAGAUGGCUUGGUGUGGAGGCUGUUGAUAACGUGAAGGUUGAAACCAUACCAGUAAAUAAAACCGGUCCGGUUCUCCGGACCACAGUUUCGAGACAGAAAAUAACAAUAUAAUAUUGCCUGCACAGGACAAACAUCGCAAAAGUAAAGUGAUUACUUGUAAGGUUGUUGCAAAUCGAUUCUGCAUAUUGGUGCGUAAUUAUGUUGCCACUACAGAUGACCCCCGCAGUGAGGGCUAGUCGAUUUCGACGUAACAAAAACUUUAUGAACCAAACUUAGACUGCUUAUGUUGGAUCAAAAAAUAAAAAAAUAAGUUAAGAUUUGUUACAGUAACCGAAAGAAGAUAAAGUAGAAGAUAAAGCUUGACCGGAUAUUUAUUUUGAGAAAUUAAUACAGAACGAAACCAUCAUAAGAAUCAGAAAUACAACCACCAUGCGAGAA